AUGGCGCGCAAGCGAGACGCCCAGACAGCCGUCACUGCUCCCAGCUCGGAGCUGGGAACUGGCGACUGGACGACGCAAUACACAAGCAUCGGUCGAGCGAUCCGUAAGUGCAGGUCGAAAACAAAGCAAGCCUCACAGGAAUACGAGGGUGCGUCUGAAGACGACAAUUACGACGAUUCCGACGACACGAGCGAUGAGAUUGCAGUGGCACCUUCCCGUAAGAAGACCAAACGAGCUCGAUCAGUCUCUCCAGCGCGAUCGAUUCCGUCCAAUGCCGACCUGGCGGACGCUGGAAUGACAUCUGAUGAAGAUUACACGGAACGAAACGAUCAGAGCUUGACGCAGAGUCAACGAGUCCCGGCUGGCCAUUUGACCGUCAAUCUGACUGUCAACAUCCCACUAAAUCACGAUCGCGUCAUCACGCUGACCAUCGACCCGAAAAACUUCACCGCCCAGCCCGACAAGCUCGCUGAGGCUGCCAUGGCCCGAGCGAACACACGCUCCAAGCCCAGACAUAGGUUUGCCGGGUUUCUCGACCUGCCUGCCGAGUUGAAGAACAUCGUCUAUCGCGAAGUUUUGGUCGCCGAUAGGCCGAUCAACUUCGGCUCGCCUGGUAACUCCUUCAGUCGCACCUCUGCUCUAUUACGUACAUGCAGACAGGUCUACGAGGAGGGUCGGAGCAUACUGUACUCGGAGAACACAUUCAUCGUUGAGCGUCGCAUGGAACGAUGUGGCAGCUUAUGGACAAGUCAGUGGAAUGAGGCUUGCUAUCUGCCCACUCGGAAGUUCUUCAAGUCGAUUGGCUCCGAAAAUACAGCGCUCAUUCGCCACAUGACCUUGAAUCUGGAGGACAGACUCCCUUGCUUGAACACGUCUCUCUCGAAUGAGGAGAGACGGUUCGUCAACGAUGAGGAGCUCCUAUCUGUGCUGAGGCAUCUGAUCCAACAUUCUCAGCUCCAGACUCUAAAAUUGCACUUCUAUGGGCGGAAAAAGGUCGACCGAGGUGACGAUCGCUUUCUCGCCUACAUGAGGCGCAUUCAUGCUGAUUGCGUGACGUUCAUCACUUUUCGCGAGCAUGAGUACGGCAGGGAAUCCAAGCAAGAGGACUGCGUGAAGCAAAGUCUGCUCAAUGCAUGCACUCGGAAGCACAAGAAGUUUGACGGAUAG